UACCCAGGACGUAGAAGAAGAGUCGUGACAUUCAACGUCCACAUUCUUCUGAAAUUCUGCUAUAUUAUCAAAAUGAAUACUAUUCUCACAUCUUUUUCCCGGUUGCGCCGAAUAGCACAUUUAAAUAGCAUCCCAGCAGUGAAUGGGAAAUCUCACCUCCGUUUGUUUAGCAACUGGCUUGUCCCCAGAGCUCCUGCAGAUCAGCAGAUGUCCGCAAGUGGACUGCUUCUUUCCCAAGCCAAGGACAUGGGAGUCUUCCGGCAGCUUCCGUGGCAAUACCAGCAGGUGCGGACAAGGAAAAGAGGAAAUGAGUAUCAGCCCAAAAACCUGAAACGCAAGAGGACCCACGGCUGGAUCAAGAGGCUCAGCACACGAGGAGGAAUUGAAGUGAUCCUGCGGCGAAUGUUAAAGGGACGCAAAUCACUCUCGCACUGAACGUCGGUGUUGGAAAGCAGGGCUUGGGAGUCUUUGUGGUUCUGAAAUCCUGGAGGUGCUAGCAAGCCAUUAGGAACUUGUGUAUCGUGUGGAAAAGCGAUACUCGCUGUGGGUUGGGCAUUCUUACGCGACGGGUGGGAGGAUUGAAACUGGUCUUCAGAAAACAAGUCGCAGUUGCCUUGAGAAAUACUAUUUGUGCUUUCUGUCACCAAGAAUGAAUCGUUGAUUGAUUAAAUUACCGUGAUGUACUAUAAAAUUAAUCAAUAAAACAUUUGUUGACCAGUCUA